AUGGCCAAACCUCUAUUCGUUACCACUACAGCACUCAAGGCCAUUGUCUAUCUUUUCCUGAUAGCCAUGACUCUCUCCUAUGCCAACUCGGCAAGAAUCCUUGAUGAGUUGGAACCCGAAAAUCCAGCUGUUGUUGGCCCUCCUGCAACAACAACAGUCCCAGCUCCCACGACUACAUUGCCGAGUGGCCAAGUCCAAGCGACCACUCCCACCACCGUUGAAGAUGAUCAAGCAGACCCUCCUCUUCCUGAUGAAACUGAAGCCCCUGUCACUGUGGCAGCACCAGUUGAUGAUGCAGCACCAGUUGCUCCUCCAAUCACAGAUGCAGCACCAGUUGCUCCUCCAGUCACAGUGGCAGCACCAGUACCUGUAGGUCCCAUCAACACCACCACCAGGCCACCAAAUGGGCCAGCCCCUGUAGUGGCCACGAGUGACACCGAAGCAAAACCUGCUGGCCCACAAACCACCACCACAACUUCUCCUCCAUUGUCCUUCUUCAUGCAUGACAUCCUAGGAGGAUCCCACGCAUCAAAUAGGAUCGUCACCGGGAUCAUCGCCCGCACUGACAUCAAUGGCAUUCCUUUCUCCCAGCCAAACAAUAACAUUUUCCCACUCCAAGGUGGGACCCCACUAGUCAACAUUAACAACCUCAUAAAUCCAAACACUGCUCCACUCCUUACAGGCCUAACAGGUGCCCAAACCAACACGUUACUUCAAAACACAGGCAACAACAACAACGUUGUCAAUAGCAACAACCAGCCUUUUGUCACCGCUGGCAAUCUCCCAGCUGGGUCCGCAUUACAAAAGCUCAUGUUUGGCUCGAUCACAGUCGUCGAUGAUGAAUUAACAGAAGGACAUGAGUUGGGGUCUGCUGUGAUUGGGAAGGCUCAGGGAUUUUACCUGGCUAGUUCGUUGGACGGUACUAGCCAUACAAUGGCAUUUUCAGUGUUAUUACAUGGAGGAGAAAAUCAUGGUGAGAUUGAAGAUACUAUUAGUUUCUUUGGGGUACAUAGGACAGCAACACCUGAUUCACAGAUUGCAGUAAUUGGUGGCUGUUACAUUGGCACUGGAAAGUAUGAGAAUGCGAAAGGGUAUGCUUCUGUUGAGACUCUUCCACAGGUGGAUCAGCACACAACCGAUGGUGUGGAUACAAUAAUGCAUUUCAAUGUUUACCUAUCUGAGUAGAGCAUGUCUGUGUGCAUGGAUGUGUUCUUGGUUGGGAUUGGUUUACUAGCCUGUAAACCUGUCUCUCUUUAAAGA